AUGUCAUUUAUAGGUUAUCCACAGCUGAAUUCCAACAAAUCACUAUGGACUCCAUGAAAUAGUUUCUCUAAGAGAGCCUGCACUUCACAGAAGCUUAAACGUACAUUUGGUCAGUCAAGCCCAUCUAAAAGUCCAAACAAUUCUUAUAUAGGCCAAAGCUCCUAUCUAAAUGUCUCUCCUCUGAAUAUUUCUUCGAAAUUUGAUACACCUUCUCCAAUUUCCCUUUCCAAAAAGACCACGAUAUUCCUAAAUAUCCCAUCAUUAAAGCAUGAUUAUGAACUUUUGAAGCCCGUUAGAGCAUUGCAUCGCCCUCGGCGGCAUACUUAUUUAAAGCCAAUUUCUACAACGCCAGACCCAAAAAUUGAUAAAUUUAUUGAAUUUUCUUCAAUAAACACCAAAAAAUCAAUAUCUCUUGUUACACAAAAAAUUCGAAUUGUACACACGUCGCUGAUGGAUUAUCCUAGACAAGGUAAAACACCAAAAAGUAAAGAAAAUAAUUCCAUCUCGAUAGAUGGAAAGAGAAUAAAUAUGCAUUAA